AUGCCAGCGAAGACACCCAUUUACUUGAAAGCUGCUAACAAUAAGAAAGGGAAGAAAUUCAAACUAAGGGAUAUCUUAUCUCCUGAUAUGAUCAGUCCUCCACUUGGAGAUUUUCGUCACACCAUACACAUUGGAAAAGAGGGACAGCAUGAUGUUUUCGGAGACAUCUCAUUUUUGCAGGGCAAAUAUGAGCUACUGCCUGGAAAUGAAGGUGAAACCAGAGUUAGCCAGUCUGGUAUCCACAAUGAAUUCUUAAGGGCAAACAGCACUUCUGAAUCCAUGUUUACAGAAACUCCAUCACCAGUGCUCAAAAAUGCUAUUUCCCUUCCUGCCAUUGGGGGUUCUCAAGCCCUUACACUGCCUUUAUUGUCACCAGUGACAUUUAAUUCAAAGCAAGAAUCCAUCAGGUCAUCCAGAAAUCCUAGGCUUAGCUGUGAGCCAGUAAUAGAAGAAAAACUGCAGGAGAAAGGUAAAGAGAUGGAGGAUGAAGAAACAUACAAAGAUGACAUAUGGGAGCAAAAUGGUUCUUCCUCACAUUUUACUAACGGUAGCGACAGUCACUCAUCCAGCUUUUCUGAACGAUGCACUGAUUGGCAAACAGUUGAUUUACUGGAUGACAGUCGGCUUUCAUGUGAACUAACCAAGACAAAGACUAAGUCAGAAGAAUCCCUUUCAGAUCUUGCAGGCUCUCUUCUCUCAUUACAACUUGAUUUGGGGCCCUCACUUUUGGAUGAGGUCCUCAAUGUAAUGGACAAGAAUAAAUCUUAG